AUGACGAUUGCAAGCCUCGACCCCGGCCUAGGACCGGCGAUGUUGGAUGUAUGGAAUGGCCAGACGGCGGCAUUCGGCUCCAACCAGACUGUCGUCGAUAAAGUGCCUCCGGACAUGUUGCACCUGGUCGACCCGCACUGGUACCAAUUUCCUCCAAUGAACCCUAUGUGGCACGGUUUAUUGGGAUUUACCAUCGGCGUAUUAGGUUUUAUAUCAAUUGCAGGAAACGGCAUGGUUGUAUAUAUUUUUACAACGACUAAGAGUCUUAAGACGCCUUCAAACUUACUAGUAGUUAAUUUGGCUUUCUCCGACUUCUUGAUGAUGUGUUUCAUGUCUCCAGCAAUGGUUGUGAAUUGUUAUUAUGAAACAUGGGUGUUUGGUCCCUUAGGUUGUGAUAUAUAUGCAUGCACCGGUUCGUUGUUUGGUUCUAUUUCAAUAUGGACGAUGACUAUGAUCGCCUUUGACCGAUAUAAUGUAAUUGUGAAAGGCAUUGCAGCUAAACCUUUAACAAUAAAUGGAGCACUUUUGCGCAUACUUGGAAUUUGGCUCUUCUCUUUGUUAUGGACUGUUGCACCUAUAUUCGGUUGGAAUAGGUACGUCCCCGAGGGUAACAUGACUGCAUGUGGAACUGAUUAUAUUAGCAAGAGUUGGUUCAGCCGCAGCUACAUUCUAGUAUACUCAGUUUUCGUUUACUAUGUCCCUCUCUUGCUUAUCAUUUAUUCCUACUUCUUUAUCGUGCAGGCGGUAGCAGCUCACGAGAGGGCAAUGAGGGAACAAGCUAAAAAAAUGAACGUAGCGUCACUUCGAUCAUCAGAAGCCGCCAAUACAAGUGCCGAAUGUAAACUAGCUAAGGUUGCAUUGAUGACCAUCUCAUUAUGGUUCAUGGCGUGGACUCCCUACCUGAUUAUCAACUACAUGGGAAUUUUCGAGACCGCACCGAUCAGUCCCCUCACGACCAUUUGGGGCUCAGUGUUUGCUAAGGCUAACGCAGUUUACAAUCCUAUUGUUUAUGGCAUUAGUCACCCUAAGUAUCGAGCAGCGCUCUAUCAAAAGUUCCCAUCACUGGCGUGCCAACCAUCGCCAGAGGAGUCCGGUUCUGUUGCAUCUGGAGCUACCACAGCUUGUGAAGAGAAACCUUCUGCGUGA